UGAGCUUCCUCCUUCUUCGUCUACAUACUGGACCCUCCGCCCGGUCCCAGCUGCUCGUGUCCAGGGAUCUCUGAUGGCUGAUCACAAGCUCGACCCUUGGGCAGAAGCCCCUGCCUCCCAGACGAAGCACUGAAGCAUUCAGGAGAAGCCCACCUACUGCAGGUUGCCAGCCCUGGCCCCCCGCUGCCCCUGCCAGCUCAAAGUCACCUUUGCUCCAGCCCAGAAACCUCUCCCUGCCCACUUGGGCAGGAAGCAAGAAUCAAGACUGGGCAAUCAUUAAUUGGAUUCUUCACAUGCCAGGGCCCCAGGCGGCCUGAGAAGCAUGUUCCCCGGAGGAGCUGGGGCCCCAGACUGGGGCUCGGACAUGCAGCUGACAGGCCGGGUGGUGUUGUCUGCCGCCGCUCUGCUCCUGGUGACUGCUGCUUACCGACUGCUCAGGUCCAGGCCUGCCCAGGCCCCUCCCCAGGGUGGACACGCCAACGCUGACGGCAGAGACGAAGCAGAGGGUGGCUGGCCACCUGCUGUCCAGGGGGCUUCUCCUGGGGCCCUGCACAAGGGACCUCGCCGUCGGAGGACCAGCAAGAGGGCUGAAGCGCCUCUGGGCUCCAGCGGGGAGAUUUUGGGGGGUUCCUGUGCUCUGUCAACAGUGUCCAGAGACGGGGAGCCCAACAGGAGAACCACCAGUGAGGAGGGGACCACGCAGGGCCUGGACUCUGCACAGGUGCCCCUUCCCUGCAAGGAAGCUGGAGCAGCUCUUGUUGGUAAGCCAGACCCCUGUCUUGCACCCCACUUGGGAUGUGACCCCCAAAGCUCCCCAAGUCGACUCCUUGGGGGCGACGGCAGCCUUGUAGGCAGUGAACCUACCCCAUGGAGGGGCUGCAGACCCCCAGAGCCAUCUGCGGCAGGGGAGCCGGGGUCCCCACACCAACACUGGCUGAUGCACAGGGAAGGCGGCAGAAACAUGAACAAGAGUUGGGUCUUGACCCGCGUGUCAGGGGUCCACAGGGAAGAGGCAGGAGCCCUCCAGGCCACCUCGGACCUGGGCCUAGCCCUGAAGCAGCAGGAAGGGGCCCGGGAUGCCUGCUACACCUUCUCGUCCAUGGCCCAGGUCCGAGUGGAGGAGAACUUCAUCCGGAAGAAGGCCACCGAGAGCAGGCCUCGGCUGAGGGGCAAGGUGUAUGAGUACUAUGUUGAGUCCACCUCUCAGGCCAGCCUGGUGCCCCGGGCAGUGGUCCUGGCUGGGGCUCCACCUCCUGUGCCACGGCCCCUGCUGACCAGCCUGGUAGCUGGGGGCCAUGGUGAGACCACAGGAGGUGGAGCUGAAGCAGCCUCUAGCUCACCACCCACGCUGGCCGCCAUGCCUGGUUUCAGCAGGAAGACAAGCCUCCUCCAGAUAGCAGAGAACCCGGAGCUGCAGUUGCAACUCUGUGGCUUUGGGGCCCCCACCCACACCAACCCCCUGUGCCCGGAUUCCAACUCAGAUAACAGCAGCCGGGAACCCCGUGUGCAACUCAUCGCUGGGACCAAUUUCUUCCACCUUCCUCUCAGCCCCAGCUCCGCCCCGAAUGUCCACCUGGACCUGGGCAAUUGCUACGAGGUGCUGACCUUGGCCAAGCGACAGCACCUGGGGGCUCUGAAGGAGGCGGCCUACAAGGUGAUGACCGACAACUACCUGCAGGUCCUGCGCAGCCCGGACAUCUACAACCGCCUGAGCGGCGCAGAACGCGAACUGAUCCUCCGCCGCCGGCUGUGCGGUCGCCAAUGCCUGGUGGUGGCUGACGUCUGCCCGCAGGAGGAGUCCGGCCGCCUCUGUUGCUAUGACGACGAGCAGGACACCUGGCACCCCUUGGCCGGCCUGCCCCAGGAGGCCGUGUCCUGGGGCUGUGCCAUCUGCAGUCUCUUCAAUUACCUCUUCGUGGUGUCCGGCUGCCAGGGGCGCCGGCGCCAGGCCUCCACCCGCGUCUUCUGCUACAACCCGCUGACGGGUAUCUGGAGCGAGGUCAGCCCACUGAACCAGGCCCGGCCGCACUGUCGGCUGGUGGCACUGGACGGGCACUUGUACGCCAUCGGGGGCGAGUGUUUGCACACGGUGGAGCGCUACGACCCCCGCCUGGACCGCUGGGACUUUGCCCCACCGCUCCCCAACGACACCUUUGCCCUGGCGCACACCGCCACGGCCUGUGCCGGGGAGAUCUUCGUCACUGGCGGCACGCUGCGCUACCUGCUGCUGCGCUUCUCCGCCCAGGAGCAGCGCUGGUGGGCCGGCCCCACGGGCGGGGGCAGGGACCGCACCGUGGAGAUGGUGGCGGUCAGUGGCUUCCUCUACCGCUUCGACCUCAACCGCAGCCUGGGCAUCGGCGUGUACCGCUGCAGCGCCAGCACGCGGCUCUGGUAUGAGUGUGCCACCCGCCGGACGCCGUACCCGGACGCCUUCCAGUGCGCCGUGGUGGACAACCGCAUCUACUGCGUGGGGCGCCGGCGCACGCUCGGCUUCCUGGCCGACCACGUCUCACCCAGGUUUGUGCCCGAAGAGCUGCAGAGCUUCCCCUCCCCGCAGGGCACCCUCCUGCCCACCGUGCUGACCCUGCCCGCUCCCGGAGUGCCCCAGACCAGGGUCUAGUGUCCCUUGGGGCUGCUCACCUCGUGAAAAACCGGGAGACCACUGCACCAUCUUGCCCAUCCUUCUAUGGCCAUGUCUGGGAGAGGGAUCAGCCCAGGAAUGGGUCAGUAAGAUGUGUGUUCUAGACCUACCUCCUCCGGAGCUGUGAGGUCUUCCCCUUAGCAGAUAGCUGGUGUCUGCCCUUGCCCAACGCCUGUAGGCUGAGCCCGCCUGGCUUCUGGCCCUCAUAAAUGUUCUCUCUAACCUUGAUGGGCACAGCCUGUUCUUCCAGGCACAGCGGGCCCCAGUGACCUUCAUGCUAAGCCAGCUCCCUCUCAGCCACAAGGACCCCUUCUCAAUCACUGCCCACUGGGCCCUACCUCCACAUUCCCAGAAGCACCGGGGACACAGGUGGGCCGCAGGGAGAGGAGCAGGCAGGAGCUCAGGGGAGUCCAGGGG